AUGCAGCCGUACUUUGGCCUGCGCGGCGCAACGCUCAACCGCGCGAUUAUCUGGCUCGUCGUGUGCCCAGCCUUCUUAUGCUAUGGAUACAAUCAGGGCGUCACUGGCGGUCUCUUGACGCUGGAAGCAUUCGCAAAGACAUUUCCGCAGAUGGACACGCUGACGACCGAAGGCGCGCAGCAGCAUUAUAACUCUACCAUUCAGGGGACGGUCGUGGCGUUGUACACCGUCGGCGGCAUCUUCGGCUCCCUAUCGUGCAUCUACCUGGGCGACCUCCUCGGCCGCCGGAAAGUGAUCUUCUUCACCUCUGCCGUGUCUAUAAUCGGCGCAGUCCUCAUGGCGACUUCAUUCGGACUCGCCCAGUUCAUUGUCGCCCGGGUGGUCCUCGGGGUCGGCACAGGAGGGUACGUGGCUACAGUGCCGGUGUGGCAGUCUGAGAUAUCGCAGGCGAAGAAGCGCGGCGCGCACGUUGUCACGGAUGGCAUUUUCAUCGGUGCCGGGAUUGCCAUCUCACUGUGGAUCGAUUUCGGGUUUUAUUUCGUUACUGGGAACUCUGUCUCGUGGCGGUUCCCACUGGCGUUCCAGGUUGUGCUUUCUCUUAUAGUUAUGGCGUUUAUCACCGUCUUCCCUGAGUCGCCGCGGUGGCUUGUCAAGCAGGGCCGUCUCGACGACGCACGAGAUAUCCUCGCUGCCUUGUCUGAUGUUCCUAACGAUGAUCCAUCGAUCACACAAUCCCUGGCGGAUAUUGAGCGCUCUCUUGCCCUCUCCGGCUGCGGCAAAUGGAGCGAUAUGCUCAAGAUGGGCUCGCAGCGUCUCUUCCACCGCACCGUCCUCGCAGCGUCAGGCCAGACAUUCCAGCAGAUGUGCGGUAUCAACCUGAUAACAUUCUACGCGACAACGAUCUUCGAACAGUACCUCCGUCUCAGCCCUCUGCAGUCCCGCAUCCUCGCUGCCUCGAUGGUGCUCACCCAGCCGCUCGGCGGAUUCCUCGCCUUCUUCACAAUCGACCGACUAGGCAGACGCCCACUCAUGCUCUACAGCGCCGCAGGCAUGUCCGCCUCCAUGGCCAUCCUGGCCGGAACAACCUCGUUAGAAAACAACACAGCCGCCCUGGUGGUGGCGGUCGUAUUCCUCUUCGUCUUCGAAUUCAUCUUCACUGUCGGCUACUCCGGGCUAACAUUCCUCUACGCAACCGAAGUGGCACCAUUACAGCUCCGGGCAGCAAUUAGCGCCGUCUCCACAGCCGCCGUGUGGACGUUCAAUUUCCUCCUCGCCGAGGUGACGCCGGUAGGGUUUAACACGAUCUCGUAUCGGUACUAUAUCAUCUUUGCAGUGUUAAAUGCGGCGAUUGUACCCACAGUGUACUUCUUUUUCCCCGAGACGAAUGGCCGCUCCCUUGAGGAAAUUGAUGAGAUUUUCUUGCGGAGUGAGAGUGUUUGGGAUCCGGUGCGGCUGGCGAAGACGUUGCCGAAGAUGCAUCUGGCGGAGGAUGUGGAUGUUGGCGAGGAUGGGGUUGUGGUGAAGGGGGAUGAUGUGAAGGAGGUGUGA